CCCCGAAACUCAUUGCCGAUGGUGUAGUAGAGGAAAAACCCUUCUCCCUUCUCAGGUUGAAUAUUUGGAGACAUGUGAACUGAAUUGAGAAGAACCAGACCAAUAAGGGAAAUUUUAACUGCACAUUGAGAGAAAACUAAAGGCAUAAAUCCUAAAGAUGUCUUCCAGUAAUGACCACGUGUUCGUACCAAUGUCGCAGAGAAACAACAAUGGCCUUCCUGGGAUGAACUCCAGAGCCGUUAGGACGCUCGCAGAAGGAGAUGUGUUGAGUUUUCAUCACAUCACCUAUCGAGUGAAAGUAAAGAGUGGGUUUCUAGUCCGGAAAACAGUUGAGAAAGAAAUAUUAUCAGAUAUCAAUGGGAUCAUGAAACCUGGCCUUAAUGCUAUUCUGGGACCCACAGGCGGAGGCAAGUCUUCGUUGCUAGAUGUCUUAGCAGCAAGGAAAGAUCCAAAAGGAUUGUCUGGAGAUGUUUUGAUAAAUGGGGCACCUCAACCUGCCCAUUUCAAAUGCUGUUCAGGUUAUGUGGUUCAAGAUGACGUUGUGAUGGGCACCCUGACAGUGAGAGAAAACUUACAGUUCUCAGCAGCUCUUCGACUUCCAACAACUAUGAAGAAUCAUGAAAAAAAUGAACGGAUUAACACGAUCAUUAAAGAGUUAGGUCUGGAAAAAGUGGCAGAUUCCAAGGUUGGAACUCAGUUUACCCGUGGCAUCUCUGGAGGAGAAAGAAAAAGGACAAGCAUAGGGAUGGAGUUGAUCACUGACCCUUCCAUCCUCUUCCUGGAUGAGCCCACAACUGGCUUGGACUCAAGCACAGCCAAUGCUGUCCUUUUGCUCCUGAAAAGGAUGUCUAAACAGGGUCGAACAAUCAUCUUCUCCAUUCAUCAGCCUCGGUAUUCCAUCUUUAAGUUGUUUGACAGCCUCACCUUACUGGCUUCCGGAAAACUCGUGUUCCAUGGGCCAGCACAGAAGGCCUUAGAGUACUUUGCAUCAGCAGGUUACCACUGUGAGCCCUACAACAACCCUGCAGAUUUCUUCCUUGAUGUCAUCAACGGAGAUUCUUCCGCUGUGAUGUUAAAUAGAGAGGAACAAGACAAUGAAGCAAACAAGACUAAAGAGCCUUCUAAGGGAGAGAAGCCAGUAAUAGAAAAUUUAUCUGAGUUUUAUAUCAAGUCUGCCAUCUAUGGAGAAACAAAAGCUGAAUUAGAUCAACUUCCAGUAGCUCAGAAAAAGAAAGGAACAUCAACCUUCAAAGAGCCUGUAUAUGUUACCUCCUUCUGUCACCAGCUCCGAUGGAUUGCCAGGCGCUCAUUUAAAAACUUGCUGGGGAACCCUCAAGCUUCUGUCGCUCAGUUAAUUGUUACAGUCAUACUGGGGCUGAUUAUUGGUGCCAUUUAUUUUGAUCUGAAAAAUGAUUCUGCUGGAAUACAAAAUAGAGCUGGAGUUUUGUUUUUCCUGACUACCAACCAGUGUUUUUCUAGUGUGUCAGCUGUGGAGCUGUUCGUAGUGGAGAAGAAACUCUUCACACAUGAGUACAUCAGUGGAUAUUACAGAGUGUCGUCUUACUUCUUUGGAAAGAUCAUGUCUGAUUUACUCCCCAUGAGGUUCUUGCCAAGUGUUAUAUACACUUGUAUAUUAUACUUCAUGUUAGGACUGAAGAAGACGGUGGAUGCUUUUUUCAUCAUGAUGUUUACCCUUAUGAUGGUGGCUUAUACGGCCAGUUCCAUGGCACUGGCCAUAGCCGCAGGCCAAAGUGUGGUGUCUGUAGCAACUCUUCUCAUGACAAUCUCUUUUGUAUUUAUGAUGCUCUUUUCUGGCCUCUUGGUGAAUCUCAGAACCAUUGGGCCGUGGCUGUCCUGGCUUCAGUACUUUAGCAUUCCUCGAUAUGGCUUCACAGCUUUGCAGCAUAAUGAAUUCUUGGGACAAGAGUUUUGUCCAGGACUCAAUGUAACUGACAACAGCACCUGUAUUAACAGCUAUACAAUAUGUACUGGUAAUGAGUACUUGAUAAAUCAGGGCAUCGAUCUGUCACCUUGGGGACUGUGGAAGAAUCAUGUGGCCCUGGCUUGUAUGAUUAUUAUCUUCCUCACAAUUGCCUACCUGAAAUUGUUGUUUCUUAAAAAGUAUUCUUAAUUUCCCCUUUAACGGAUUAUUAAUUGUACUCCUAUUAAAUAUGGGCACUUUGAUUACCAUA